AUGAAACGUAAACAAUUUGAAUGGUACCUUAGUUCAUUGUCAUCAUUUAAAAAUCCGAAAAUUGAAUUUGAACAAUAUUCUACAUCACCAGAGUUAUGUAUAGAUAUUAUAACAACAAUAGAAGAUUUAAUAGGAUUUGAAGAUAAAAAAGUGGCUGACCUUGGUUGUGGACCUGGUAUUUUAUUAUUAGGUGCUGGAGCGUUUGAACCAUCAAUGUUAGUUGGUUUUGACAUUGAUGAAGAAGCACUAGAUAUAUGUAGGGAAAAUAUUGAGAAUAGUGAAUUGGAGGACAAUAUAAAUAUUGAAUUAAUUAACUGUAAUCUUUUAGAAGAUAAAAAUGUUGAAAAGUAUAAAGACAUGUUUGAUAUAAUAAUUACAAAUCCACCAUUUGGAACAAAAAAUAAUUCUGGUAUUGAUAUAAAAUUUAUUGAAAUUGGUUUAAAAAUGUUAAAAAAUGGUGGAAGUUUAUUUUCAUUACAUAAAACAAGUACAAGAAAUUUUGUGAUUAAACAUGGUAACAGUGUUGAUGGUAUUGAAACUGAAUGUAUUGCACAACUAAGAUGGAAUCUCGAUAAAACCUAUAAAUUUCACAAACAAAAAACAAAAGAUAUUGAUGUAGAUUUGAUAAAGUUUUAUAAAAAAUAA